AUAAACUAAUGGAACAGACUGAAAGAUGGUCAAAAAGACCUCAAAGCACAAUUUCUCAACGUAACGUCGACAAGGAGCUUCAGCGUAUCAAAAGUCUAGCUGUUGUAUCUGUUCUCAAUAAAAACUUUAAUAAAGAAACUGGUGCCCCUUCAAGGAACUCGAUACUUGGACCUGUACUUUCCCCUUCAUCCUCUAUAACAACAGACAGUGAUUCACAUGGGGAUUCAUCUACCCGAAAUAGAUCCUUGUCAAACUCGUAUAGCACCCCGACUAAUAGCUACCCCUUAAAAAAAAGUAGUAGCGCAAGUCUAUGUAAUGAAUUUCAACAAAAUAUACCAUCAUCAAGAAGAUCUGAUGUUCAGAUGUCGGUGACAACUGAGCAAGAUUCUCUUAAUAACGAAAAUGCUAUAAUGGCGGAGAAAGAAUCAAAUGAGAGUCCCCUCGUGAUGGCCUCGCCAAUAGAUACCGAAAAGGAAACUUUAAAGAAGCGUGUACAUGAGCUGCAAGAGCUUUAUGAUGCAUCGAUAGAAGGACUACAGGAAGCAGACGCUCGAAAUAGUGCGCAGAGAGAGCUUGUGAUUAUUCAAGAUAAACUGAUCCAGAGUAUGUCAACUGAACUAAACUGCCUUUCUGAAGAGACAAAUGCAUCAAAAGCAUCUAAUACCCAAGCCAGUCUACUUGAUACAGAAGAAGAAAAGCAAGCGUUGUAUACCGCUCAAGAAGAAUUACAAUCGGUUAGAAGCGAGCUGGAAGAAUUUAAAUCAUUAAAAUCCCACUAUGAAGUGAUAACAUCACAGAUGGUGCAGCAAAUAUCAGCGCAUAAUACCCGGAUGGACGAACUGGAAGCUAUAGCAAUACAAAUACAGAAAGAAAAUGCAACACAAGUUGAAUACAUCGAUACUAAAGUCCAGGCACUGGUUAAUAAAUUACUAGAGGCUAACGGAACCAUCAAUAAACUUCAAGUAGAGCAUAUCCAAGAGAAGCAAGCUUUAUCAAAGAUUGACCAUGUCAAUAACAACAGUAGCAUAAAGAGUUUAAAUGAUUCAUCGAGUGUGAUCUGGGAGACUUUCGAAGAAAACGAUGAACCUAUUUCGGCCCGUUCAUCUUACAUCUCUACGUCUUCUCGUAAUGAAAACGGCAAACACAAAUCAUUGUUAGCACGCUGGAAAGGAAAUUCCAUACCACCCGCCUCACCACCCCCAUCGCUUCCUCUUCCGCCUAUUCCCAGCACCUCAUCCCGAAGUAAUAGACCGAAAUCAACCUUAUCAGAAAUCUACUCUACUAGCUCCAGUAUCACACAUCAGAAUAAGCAUUUGUCAUUGGAUGCAUUUGGAGGUGGUGCAAGAAGACCCUCUGUUCAUUCAGAAUUAAAUGAGCAAAUGACAGAUGCUGCAUAUUAUAAGGAAUUUACUGAUCAGUUACAGCAGAGAUUAUCAAUUUCUAAAGAGAUUGAUGAUCUUCGAGUUUGGGAACCCAGUGACUAUGACGACAUUCAGAAAAAAAUUGACUCAAAAGGCUGGUCUGGCAGUGAAGAUGGUAAUAGUCAAAAGGAUCAGAGUGCUUUUUGGAAAGGCAUGAAAAAGAAGCUUAGGGUGUAACAGACUUAUAAUAAUAAAUAUAAAGUUUUUAUU